CAUCCAGUAUAAAACCUCCCAGUCCGGCCCCAAUCGUCCUCUUUCUGUUACCUGGCUAGGGGCAGCAGCUUUGGCCGUGAUAACCCAGAAACACCGAAACUAACACAAUGGGAAAGGAAAAGACCCACAUCAACAUCGUGGUCAUUGGCCAUGUCGACUCCGGAAAGUCCACCUCCACCGGCCACUUGAUCUACAAGUGCGGAGGAAUCGACAAGAGAACCAUCGAGAAGUUCGAAAAGGAAGCAGCCGAGUCGUUUCCAAGAUGGCGGCGCCAGCGUGCCUCCUGUGAGCUCAGCUGCCCGGCACGAGGGUGGAGCGCAGCCGUGUGCGCGCACAUGGGAAAGGGCUCCUUCAAGUACGCCUGGGUGCUGGACAAGCUGAAGGCCGAGCGUGAGCGUGGUAUCACCAUCGACAUCGCUCUGUGGAAGUUUGAGACUAGCAAGUACUAUGUGACCAUCAUUGAUGCCCCCGGACACAGGGACUUCAUCAAGAACAUGAUCACUGGAACCUCUCAGGCUGACUGCGCCGUGCUGAUCGUAGCUGCUGGCGUCGGUGAGUUCGAGGCUGGUAUCUCCAAGAACGGACAGACCCGUGAGCACGCCCUGCUGGCUUUCACCCUGGGUGUGAAGCAGCUCAUCGUUGGUGUCAACAAGAUGGACUCCACUGAGCCCCCUUACAGCCAGGCCCGUUUUGAGGAAAUCCAAAAGGAAGUGAGCACCUACAUCAAGAAGAUCGGCUACAACCCUGCCGCUGUCGCCUUCGUCCCCAUCUCUGGAUGGCAUGGAGACAACAUGUUGGAGGCCAGCUCCAAGAUGAGCUGGUUCAAGAGCUGGAAGAUUGAGCGCAAGGAGGGUAACGCCAGUGGAACCACCCUGCUGGAGGCCCUGGAUGCCAUCCUGCCACCUUCUCGCCCCACCGACAAGCCCCUCCGUCUGCCCCUGCAGGACGUCUACAAAAUCGGCGGUAUUGGAACUGUCCCCGUGGGCCGUGUUGAGACCGGCGUCCUGAAGCCCGGCAUGGUCGUCACCUUCGCUCCCCCCAACCUGACCACUGAGGUCAAGUCUGUGGAGAUGCACCACGAGUCCCUGCCUGAGGCCGUCCCCGGCGACAACGUCGGCUUCAACAUCAAGAACGUGUCCGUCAAGGAAAUCCGUCGUGGAUACGUUGCUGGUGACAGCAAGAACGACCCCCCCAAGGCCGCCGACAGCUUCAAUGCCCAGAUCAACGAGGGCUACGCCCCCGUCCUGGACUGCCACACUGCUCACAUCGCCUGCAAGUUCAAGGAGCUCAUCGAGAAGAUCGACCGUCGUUCUGGCAAGAAGCUUGAGGACAACCCCAAGUUCGUCAAGUCUGGAGAUGCCGCCAUCGUCAAGCUCAUCCCACAGAAGCCCAUGGUGGUGGAGCCCUUCUCCAACUACCCUCCCCUCGGUCGCUUCGCUGUGCGUGACAUGAGGCAGACCGUUGCCGUCGGCGUCAUCAAGGCCGUUGACGUCAAGGAGAUCUCCGGAAAGACAACCAAGGCCGCAGAGAAGGCCCAGAAGAAGAAAUGA